CAGCCAUUUGGGCCGCAGUUUUGUGCUUUCGGCAUCCCCCCUCCGACCAAACAGGCCCAGUCACAUGGCGGCCUUCGCGCCCCCAGCACGGGCCCUGCCCGCGAUCGGCGACCUCCAGCUCGCCGAGCUCACCGCCGUCUCGCCCGUGGACGGCCGCUACCGGCGAAGCACCAAGGGCCUGGCGCAGUACUUCUCGGAGUACGGGCUUAUCAGAUACCGCGUGCACGUGGAGGUGGAGUAUUUCCUGGCCCUCAUGGCGGAGCUUCCGGCUGGGAAGGACCUGCCGAGCGGAUCUGCGGAGAAGUUGCGCGCGAUGGUCGACGGCCUCUCGAUCGAGAAUGCGGAGCACAUCAAGAACACGGAGAAGGUUACCAACCAUGAUAUCAAGGCCGUUGAGUAUUUCAUCAAAGAGCAGUUCGAUUCUCUCGGCCUCGAGGCGUUCAAGGAGUGGGUCCAUUUCUCGCUGACGAGCCAGGACAUCAACAACACCUCCAUUCCUCUACUCCUCAAGGACUCAAUUGAGAAGUGGUACAUCCCGGCCAUCGAGGGAAUCAUCGCGGCCUUGAAGGAACGGCUGGAAGAGUAUGACGUUCCUAUGCUGGCUAAGACCCACGGGCAACCGGCGUCCCCAACGAACCUGGCAAAGGAGUUCAAGGUCUUCAUCGAGCGCUUGGAGUCACAGCUGGUACUCCUGAAGCAGGUGCCGCACUCCUGCAAGUUCGGGGGUGCCACUGGAAAUAUGAACGCCCAUCUCGUGACGUAUCCGUCUGUGGACUGGCGCGCGUUCGCCACAAGUUUCUGUCAGGACAAGCUGGGCCUGAAGAGGCAGCAGUACACCACGCAGAUAGAGCAUUACGACAACAUGGGGGCAAUCUUCGAUGCAAUUAAACGCAUCAACACCAUCCUCCUUGACUUCUGCAAGGAUGUGUGGAUGUACGUGUCCAUGGAGUACUUCAAGCAGAAGAUCGUUGCUGGUGAGGUCGGUUCGAGCGCAAUGCCCCACAAGGUCAAUCCGAUCGACUUUGAGAAUGCGGAGGGCAACCUCGGCGUGGCAAAUGCCGUGCUGGAGCACCUGUCGCAGAAGCUGCCCAUCAGCAGACUGCAGCGCGACUUGACAGACUCGACUGUCCUCAGGAACAUUGGUGUGCCCCUUGGGCAUGUGUCUAUAGCCGUUGCCUCAAUCCAGAAAGGGCUGGGCAAGCUGCUCAUCAACAAGGUUGCCAUUGACAGGGAUUUGGAAAACAACUGGGCCGUGGUAGCAGAGGCCAUCCAGAGCAUUCUGAGGCGGGAGCAGUUCCCGAAGCCGUACGAGGCGCUCAGGGAUCUCACGAGGACCAACGACGUGAUGAACCAGGACAGGAUACACAAGUUCAUCGACGGACUUGCUGUCUCGGCCGCGGUCAAGGAGGAGCUGAAAGCGGUCACCCCCUUCAACUACAUCGGUUACAAGUGACGGUGGGGCCGUGCCGCAUCGCUUGUGGGGGGUCGGCCACCGCCGGCCAGCGCGCGAGCUGGCCGUUAGAGUCAACCGUGGCUCCCUGCUCCGUGCAAGGCAUCCGCACAGAUACUCGCACCACAAUGGGGGCACAACGUGCGGACAGCAUCGCCCGAGUAACGGCAGGCUCUCGCCCACUCGAGUCCCUUUUCUGGCCUUGCGCGCGUUGGCUGGCGUUGUCGCGGGCGGGCAGGGGUCGCUGUACUUUUGUUUUCCUCUUCUGUUUCUCCCUCUGGCUGGGCGG